AUGUGGAGUCUGCUCAACACAACAAGAAGAGAAGGACAGAAGACAGAUGCUGAGGCUGUUGCUAAGCACUCGCUGCCCAGCCGCCACACUCGCUCUUCCCCGCUCACUCGAUCUUCCAUUCCUCUCUCUUGCUUUCGACCAACUCACCGCCGGCUCUUCUGCUUCGCUCGCGAUCCGACAAUGCCUGACGUGGUGAGAACAUUUUCAGCGUGACUGUAGGGUCAGGUGGAUAUUAUUGUUUCCUUUUUCAGACUACCACUCCCGAGAACGAAACCAAGGCUCCAGAGAAAAAGAAAACCGAAGAGAAGCCAUUGGUUCCUGAGGAGCAGGAAGAUGUCAAGCCAAUGUAUCGUCGUCAUCCGGCCGAUGAGAACCUUGACGCCGAGUACGAUUCCGAGGAGGAGUUCGAAGCCAUCUUCCAGGACAACUCGGACGUCGAAAAAGUCCCGGAAACUAAGUGA